UACUCUCUGAUCUCCGUGGAGUCCGGGUCUUCUACCCAAGAUGAAUUCGGAUGGCACUUCAGGUGGUUUCCCAGCCGAAGAGAAUCAUCAUAAUGAAGAAAGACAAACAAACAAAGAAAGAAAAACAAAACACCGACAUAAAUUUUCCGAAGAAUUACUGCGGGAACUCAAGGAAAUAUUUGGAGAAAACUGUUAUCCUGAUUACACAACUAGGAAAACACUGGCCAACAAAUUUGAAUGUCCAGUGAAUGUAAUAGAUAAUUGGUUCCAAAAUAAAAGAGCCAGACUUCCACCUGCAGAAAGACACAGAAUAUUUGUUCUUCAGAAAAAGCAUUAUUUUCCAGUCCAAGCCCAUCCAUUUUUAAGCUGCCAGGAGGCCCAGGCUGCAGCUCCCAACUAUGCCACAGAGCAGAGCUUCUCUGGAGCCCAGGGGGUUUUGAUUAGAAGAGCUGGUUGCUCCCUUCUGGAGAAACAGAAGAUUCCCAGUCAACAGAUGGGCUACAAUUGCUUCUCUUUGGAGAACCAAGAGAUUCUCAGUCAACAGGUGGGCCCCCAGUGUUCUUAUCUGGAGAAACCGGGGAUUCCCAGUCAACAGGUGGCCUCCCAGAGAUACCAUCUGGUCACAGGCACUGGAAAGCAACCACGCUGUGCUUUGGAGUAUGGAGGUGACACAAGAAGUGGGCAUUCUACUGACUAUCGUUUUCUCAGCUACAACUCUGCAGUAUGCCUUCAUCCUCCUCCAUCUUCUGUGCCAUAUUUUCAUGGAGAAAGGACUGAAACCAGGGAAAGCCAGCAUGCAAGUCCCUUCCUUUUGGAUUAUGCUCAAGGCGCAUAUGGGGUGAAGAAAGACCAUUGUCAUUGCUCAUUCUCUCUCUCACUGCUGCGAGAACAGCAGCAGAAUGAUUGGCAGUAUCACCCGCAGCAGCACCAACAGCCUCAGAAUUACUUAGAGGGGAUGAUGGUCCAGGAACGGCUGCCGAUGGACUCAGGCCCUUGGGAUCUAGGGAAGCAGUGGCCCUCGGCUCCGUCACAGCUGCAGAGUCAACUGCCUCAGAAUAAUGGAAAGCCGUUGUGCUCUCAACUGCAGCACGUGCCUCCCCAAAUAGCUGCCGACUCACCCCUGCUGUGUCUGGGGCAAGAUAUGCAGGAAGGGGCUUCAGAGCAACCCAGGGCCCAAGUGCAGCAACUUUAA